GUGCGCAACAGCUGUUUUGAUGUUUUACACAAUGCGGUUGUAUGAAUAAAAAAAAAACUGCAAAGUUCUUGUCAUAAAGUUAAUAAUAUUAAUUCGGAAGUUAUAAGUGUAAUUUGUGCUCCUGCAGAAGCUGCAUACAAUCAUAAUGGAUAUCGACAACACUCUACUGCUGCCUAAUAGCGAGCACAAAUCAGAUAUAAAGACACCAUUUCUAAUUGGAGUGGCUGGUGGAACUGCCAGUGGAAAAUCAACAGUAUGCAAAAAAAUCAUGAUACAGCUGGGUCAAGCCGACAUGGAUCAAGCACAACGACAAGUUGUCACAAUAAGCCAAGAUAGCUUCUAUCGUGAGUUAACGCCCGCUGAGAAAGCCAAAGCGAGGAAGGGUCUCUUCAAUUUCGAUCAUCCAGACGCAUUCAAUGAAAAUUUGAUGUACGAUACAUUGCAGGAGAUAUUAAAGGGCAGAAUAGUUAAAGUGCCCUGCUAUGAUUAUCGCACAAAUUCGCUUGAUCACGAGAAUAAACUAACUAUAUAUCCGGCUGAUGUGGUAUUAUUCGAAGGUAUACUUGUAUUUUAUUUCCCCAAAAUACGCGACCUCUUUCACAUGAAACUCUUCGUGGAUACAGACUCUGAUACACGCUUGGCGCGAAGAGUGCCGCGUGAUAUCAAUGAACGUGGGCGUGAUUUGGACGCAGUGCUGACUCAGUAUAUGACAUUUGUUAAGCCUGCUUUUGAGGAAUUUUGCUCACCGACUAAGAAAUUCGCAGAUGUAAUUAUACCGCGAGGCGCUGAUAACACGGUGGCCAUUGAUCUGAUUGUCCAGCACAUACGCGACUUCCUCAACAAUCGUUCGCGUUACGGCUCGUCGACCAGCAUCGCUACGAAUUGCACGAAUGCGGAACACGAGCAUGGCAAUUUGUAUGGUAUUGGAUUUAGAGGUACUGGUACUGCUGCCAGUGGCGGCGGAGGUAGGCCGACUACUACACAUUGCACUGUGCGCUUAAUACCACCAGCACGUACUAACAACAACAACAAGCACUUGAAAGUCAAUAAUGCUUUGUCGUAUAUAAGACCGCAUUAAUGCCGUUGCGCUUGAUUUUAACAACAACAAAAAUAAUAACAACAAUAUUAAACAACUUGCUCUCAUUUGGUGCAAUAUUUUGUACUAAAUACUAUAAACAAGACAAUGUGAUAACAAUUUUGCUUGUAUGCUGCU